AUGCCACCCCACUCAACAAUCCACACCACCAUCGUCAGCCUAACCACCGGCCCCCCUCUCGUCAUCGCCAUCAUAGGCGGAACCUCAGGCAUCGGAUCCUACAUCGCCAAAGCCUUUGCCUCCGUCUACCGCAACUCUAAAUCCAAACUACGCGUCUACAUCGUCGGCCGCAACGCCUCACGCGCAGAAGCCCUGCUUGCAGAAGUGCGCUCCACAAGCCCAGGUUCAGAAUGGCGGUUCAUGAGAGCCCACGACCUGGCGCUGAUGAGCGAAGUCGACGCCAUAUGUGCGCAAAUCAAAAAGCAUGAAGAAGAGCAGCCAUUGAACGGAGGAGAACCAAGGAUAGAUUUGCUUUACAUGACGCAAGCAGAGUCACCACUCGCACCAUCACCACCAACAAAAGAAGGCCUCGACACCCAAGUCUCCCUCUUGUACUACUCUCGCAUCCGCUUCAUCCUCGGUCUAACGCCGCUCCUACUGCGCUCUCAGAACCCCACUGGCGCCCACGUCAUCUCCGUCUUCGCAGGCACAAUCGAAGACUCCAUCUCCCCGUCUGCCCUUCCUAUCGGCCCACCAACGCCGGAAAAGCAUGGCGUCACAUCAGUCCGCACGCACGUCUCUUUCAUGAAGACGUUCAUGUUCGAGGCACUGGCUGAGGAACACGCUGGCAAGAUCGCUUUUGUACAUGUCUACCCUGGCUUGGUUGACGGUCCAACAUUCCUAAGUAAGGCAAAUCCUCUUUGGUUUCGCGUGCUGUGGCGCGUGGCUAAGGUAUUCAUGGCAUGGUACAUGACGAGUCCAACGGUGUGUGGUGAGGUCAUGGUGUUUCUGUGCAUGAGCCGGUAUCCCGCGCGGGGCGUUGACGUGGGAGGGAAGACGGUGGCUGAUGUGGCGUUUAGUAGUACGAGGGAGAGGGGCGGUGGUGCGUAUGCGGUGGGCCAAAGGGGUGAUGAGAAGAAGCAAGUUAGUUAUGCGAAGCUCAGGAAGAGUGACACCAGGGACAGGGUUUGGAAACAUACCAUGGGUGUGUUGGAGAGUGUUCUGGGGAUGCGAGAGUAA